CUCAAGAGCAGAAUACUUUACUUACUUAUUCGACACGAGGAAAAGGAAAGGAACGAGACGAGGGAGGAAAGACAUUGGAGGUGGCAUCGAGCUGUCCACUCUCCAAGGUAAUAUAAAGGCGUGCGUCGACUUCACCUGGUUCAACUUACUUGGAACAUCGAACAAGUUGUUCUGUCCAACGAGAUUGGGGACGUCCGCCACUGCCACACCACUUUCCACCAUCAUGGUGGUGUGGCUAGUGUUGAUAGCAACAUCAUCUAUCGUGGCGGAGGCGGCUAUACCGGAUCCACCAAAUUCUAAAACCUCGGCUGCCAACCCGUUGAAACUGUCAACUGCGGUGGACUGCACCGGAAUUAUUGCUUUCUCGGCGACCCAUGCAUCUGUCGAUCAUGCCAAAGCCGUAUUCGCCGAGACACUGGUCGACAAAGGCGUGGGUUACGUACCCCAAACAGGAAUUUUCGUCACCAACUGUCCAGGCCUGUAUCAAUUCAGCUUUGCCGGAUAUGGAAGCACCGAUCUUCGAUUAACUUUGAAAAAGAAACAAAACAAUUCUGACAGCUGGAGACCUGUGGUUGGCACUGGGGCAGGAGGUGGUGCUAAUUUGAUCUUGCUGGACGUUGAAGUUGGAGAUCAGCUAGCUGUCUUCGUCGAUAGUGGAAAAAUAUCAGACGGCGUCACGUUCUCUGGAUACAGAAUUGCUAAAAUAUAAUCUGCUAAUUCGUAUAAUUGAACCACCGAGACAACGAUCGCUUUUUUUUUUAAUAAGCAAAUAUCAAAAAUUAUUUAGAAUAUUUUAACUCGUGGGAAUUUAAAUUGAACUUAAUUUCGAAUCGAUAACGUGAAAUUGUUUUUAUUAUUUAUUAUUUUUUUUGAAAUAAUUUCUUCAGAAAUUAAUCAUUUACUCGUCAAUUUUUAUUGUAAAUUGAAUUAUUUUUUGAAACUGAUUUGCCGAUAUCUAUGGAAGAAUUUGAAAUCGAUCUGAUAUACUGGAAAAUACAAAAUUGAUGUUUAGUAGUAAUCUUUGAUGAAUUGAGGAUGAAAAUUUGAAUUCGUUAUUGAAUUUCUUCUGAAUGAAUAUUUUUGGAUUGGAUUUAAUCGUGAUCCUAAUUGAGAACAUUCGAUCAGAGCGAUUUUAACCUUCUCCACGAAUUUAACGCUCUGUGAUAGCUCUAUCUUUCUAUCAUUUUAUUUUCCAUGUGUCUCGCAAUUUCAUUGAUCACCUGUCAAAAUAAUAUUAGCAUGGAUUAUUGAAAUU